AUGAUCACACAUGGGAAUCUGAUCAUCGAAAAAUACGAGCGUCGGUCUCGGGGGCUUCUAAAGAAGCUCGAGGAUUAUCCGAGUGUGAAGAAAGAGGCUAAGAAGGUUCCCGGUCUCGAGAAGAAGCUCACCACGCAGACCGCUGCGAUGGAUGAUCUGUCCAAAAAAUGCGGAGGAAGCAAGACAACCAGCAAAAUAUGCCGAGGAGGAGCUCGAGAGGAUAAAGACGGAAAAAGAGUCUCUGCAAUCUUUUCACGAUCAGGAGAGCGUUCGUCUGCACUCUUCUCGAAGGCACGAGGUCACUCAAAUCAUCGUGAAGUGCGAUGGGAAGCUCAGGAAAAGGAGCCCGCUAUUGUGGCGAAAGAUACGGCCACUGGUGAAGAGCUCGCUCCCCUUAACCGGCUUCCAGUCAUCCCUGCUGCUCUGACUUAG